CAAGGCUGCUGUGGGCCGGAUGUCCGGGCGCUGCUGCCGUGGCGGCUGAUCCCGGAGCUCCUUCGGGGAGACCUGCAAGCGGCCAAUGGCUGUCGAUAUUCAACCAGCAUGCCUUGGACUUUACUGUGGGAAGACCCUAUUAUUUAAAAAUGGUUCAACUGAAAUAUAUGGAGAAUGUGGGGUAUGUCCAAGAGGACAGAGAACAAAUGCACAGAAAUACUGUCAGCCAUGCACAGAGUCUCCAGAACUUUAUGAUUGGCUGUAUCUUGGAUUUAUGGCUAUGCUUCCCCUUGUUUUACAUUGGUUCUUCAUCGAAUGGUACUCAGGGAAAAAGAGUUCCAGCGCACUUUUCCAGCACGUCACUGCGCUAUUCGAAUGCACCAUGGCAGCUCUUACCACCUUACUUGUGAGCGAUCCUGUCGGUGUCCUUUACAUCCGCUCCUGCCGAGUCCUGAUGCUCUCCGAUUGGUACACUAUGCUUUACAACCCGAGUCCCGACUACAUCACCACGGUGCACUGCACACAUGAAGCCGUUUACCCACUAUACACUAUUGUAUUUAUCUAUUAUGCAUUCUGCUUGGUAUUGAUGAUGCUGCUCCGACCACUUCUGGUAAAGAAGAUUGCCUGUGGGUUAGGAAAGUCUGAUCGAUUUAAAAGUAUUUAUGCUGCACUAUACUUCUUCCCAAUUUUAACUGUGCUUCAGGCAGUUGGCGGAGGCCUUUUAUAUUAUGCCUUCCCAUAUAUUAUAUUAGUAUUAUCUUUGGUUACUCUGGCUGUGUACAUGUCAGCUUCUGAAAUAGAGAACUGCUAUGAUCUUCUGGUGAGAAAGAAAAGACUUAUUGUUCUCUUCAGCCACUGGUUACUUCACGCCUAUGGAAUAAUCUCCAUUUCCAGAGUGGAUAAGCUCGAGCAGGAUUUACCCCUUUUGGCUUUGGUACCCACACCAGCUCUUUUUUACUUGUUCACGGCAAAAUUUACUGAGCCUUCACGGAUACUCUCCGAAGGAGCCAACGGACACUGAAUGUAAAAUACCAAAAAACCUAAAAAGUAUUCUUAGUAAAAAAAAUAUAUAUAUAUAUAAAAUGCAUUAAUACUCUUCUGUUGUACCUGGAAGAAAGAUUAGGGGUUUUUGGACUUUUUUUUCUGUUUUUGACUUAACAGACGUUAUGGUUAGAGUUGGAAAAUACAAAAUGCUGUAGUAGCCUGUUACAUUAAAUACAUACUUUAGCAUUCUAUGACACUAGGAGCAUGUUAGGAAGCCCUUGCCUCCUCAACAAUUUAUUCUUUAGAGCAAAAUCAUGUUUCUCUAUAUCUUGGUAAGUAUAAUCUGAAAUCCCAAGCAUUGGCCCAAUUGUGCAUGUCUGUUGUAUUUCAAUUUGUUUUUCAAAUAUAAUGAAUUAUAAGGACAAACAUACCUUGUGGGUCUGAUAGCAAAUAUGAAAAUGAUGUAUGUUGUUUAUUGUUAUUUAUUUUUACCAAUACAGUAUUUUGAUUAUAAAAAUAGAGGGUAAUUUAUAUAACAAGUUUUCUUUCUAUGGGUAGUUUGGUUGAAGACAUCUUCUGAUGAUUGUUUCUGUUAAGAAAAACAAUAAAAUGCUUAACUACAAAAAAUCUCAGAUGUUGACAUUUAAUUGUAUUUUGCCACACUACUUGUGGAAAUAAUUCAGACUUAAGUAGUCCAAAUGAAUAAAUACAUGUAUUCACAUAGUCCCUUCCUCUUUGGUCUCAUUUUUGAAGGAUAUAUUGACAAUGCCAUAUUUUAUUGAUCCUGAAACUUUUUUCACAUUGUGACAUCUCUGAAUUAGGAUGCAUCUUAAAAUUGAUACCUUCUAAAACUAAAUACAGAAUAUAUACAACAUACAGUUUUUCUGUGGUUAGUUAUUAAUAGGUGUGCUGUGGAUUUUAUGCUCAGAACCCUUUAAGAGAUCCAUGUGGGAGCAAAAUAAGGGUUUUUUGGCACUUAACCUAAUAAUCUGGCCAUUUUCUCCAUCUGUAUUGUUUAGAAGGUUAUUUACAGAUUCUGUUUAGUGGGGAUUAUGCAGGUUUGUUAAACUUAGGACAUCCAUUGACCAUUGCAAAAUAAGAAAGAAUGUGCACUCACUUGUUUUAUAGUUUUGUUUGUGCCUUUUAAAUUCACAGCAGUUGUAGCCUUCAAGUUAUUUUGUUAGCUUUUCUUUGUUAAUGUUUUUCAUAGUACAUUCAACCACCGGGGGAUGGACUUUUUUGAAAUGGAUUUGUUUCUUCUUUUCUGUAAGAGUAAAAAUAAAAUGCAAAAAUUCUGUGUAUGUCACACAAGUUUGGGUGGUUAUUAGUGUGCAUUAAAAUUCUAAAUUUCCCAAAGAA